UAAUCAGUUGUCUCAAGCAAUGGAUAAAUUUGUUAUAUGUAUACAAAUAAAUCGAAAUAAUAAAUAUAAAUAACCCCAAAAACUCAUUGUUACAGGAUAUUAUGCGUUGUUUGCGUUAUUAAAAUGUCUCUUACGCCUGCUGUGAAGCAGCGACGAUACCGGGAACGCCGUAGAAAUAAUCAAGAGAAGGAAGAAGAAACCAAAAGAAAAGAUAGAGAAAGAUACCAUGCAAACAAACGCUUAGUAAGUGAUUUAACAACACGUCAACAUCGAGCAAUAAAAAAGAAAUGGCGAUGUGCGAAUGCCAGACGAAGAGAUAAAGCCAAAGCUCUCAGUAUGAUUAUGCACACUCCAGAGUCAUCACCCCCUCGUUCAAAUAGUCCAGCCAUCACAGAUCAACAUCAAGUUGUUUUGAGAGCUUAUCGUCAUUUAUCUACACCUCGGCUGUCUACUUCUCGUGAAAGCACUCCUAACUCUACAUCAGCAGCGGUACGCGGUAGAAAGCAAAUAAAAACAAACAGAUCAAGGCUAUUUAGAGAUAAUAUGAAAUUAAAGGAACAAUUAGAGGCAGUAAACAAGAGAUACGAAAAGUACAAAAAACGAUACAACAGUGAAAAACAAAAACGAUUUCAAAAUGAAGACGGCAAUCGAUCUAAUCAACAGAAAUAUCAGAUUUUAUCAAAUGCUAUUAAAAAACGCUAUAAAAAUGUAAAAACCCGGAAGGAAAAAGUUGCUAUUCAAAAAAUAUUUGAAGAGAAAACCGUUAAAGGUUCUAGGCAGAAAACACAAAUUAUAAAAGAAUGUCUUGCUGUGGACCAGGGUUACGUAAGAAAACAACAACCUCUUUUUAAAGUAAAUAUUUUAAGUACUAAAAUCAAGGAUUUUUUCGCACGUGACGACAUAUUAAGGGCAACUGCUGGAAAAAAGGAAGCCGUGUCUCUAAAGAAAGAUAAAAUGCAGAAGCGCUACUUACUCGAUAAUAUGAAGAACCUUUAUGUAUCUUUUAAGCAGGAAAAUCCUGCCUUGAGAUGCAGUUACAAAACUUUUACACGUUACAGACCAUUUUUUGUUGUGCCUCCUACUGUCGCUGCAAGAGAAACAUGCUUGUGUCGAAUUCAUACUAAUAUCCAAUACUUAGCAUUUGCUUUGUGCAAAAACAAAGUUAUUCCAACAUCAGAUCUUAAUAAGAUUAUUGUAGACCAAGUAUGCAAUCCAGAUUCAUUAACAUGUAUGACAGGAAUCUGUUCCGUAUGCCUAUCAAAAACAACUAAUUUUGAUACGUCAAAAGACGAAAUCAUAGUAAGAUAUCCUUAAUGGAUAAGUAAAACUGAAGUGAUAGAGAAGGCAGGAAAGAAAAUCAAAGUUACAAAAAACGUUAAAGAGGAAACAGAAAGUACGGGAAAGGCACUGAUGGAAAAGUUUGAAAUUACACUAGAGGAAUU